AUGCCCGAUGGGACACUCUUCGUUGCAUCUGGGAGCUUGAAUGGCAAGACACCUGCUGAUCCGCAGAACAACAACCCAACGUACGAGAUCUUGGACAGGCAAGGCCGCAGUAUGGGCGAGUCUGUCCCCAUGACGCUGCUGAAGAAGGCAGAGCCAUACUAUAUGUAUCCAUUCAUCCACUUGCUCGCGGAUGGAAGGCUUUUCGUGUUCACUGCCAAGAGCAGCCAGGUGUUCGACGUGACCACGAACGACGUCGUGAAAGAGCCUCCAGAGUUGCCUGGCGAUUACCGCACCUACCCAAACACCGGUGGCAGCGCAUUGCUCCCUCUCUCAUCAUCGAACAACUGGCAGCCAGACAUCAUCAUAUGCGGCGGCGGAGCAUAUCAGGACAUCUCGUCUCCGACCGACCCUUCCUGCGGUAGGAUCCGGCCUCUUGAUGACAACCCAACAUGGGAGAUGGAUUCCAUGCCCGAAGGCCGUGGCAUGGUGGAAGCCAUACUGUUGCCGGACGGUACCAUUCUCUGGCUCAACGGCGCGCAACAGGGCGCUCAAGGCUUCGAGCUGGCGACAAAACCUGCGUUCGAGACGCUUAUCUAUGACCCGGAGGCUGUGCUUGGGAAACGUUGGACUACUGGCGCGAGUUCGGAGAUACCAAGGCUGUACCAUUCUGUUGCGCUGUUGCUGCUCGAUGGCACGGUGAUGGUUGCUGGCUCGAACCCAUGGGCGGUGCCUGUGCUUGAAGCAACGCCGGACUAUCCGUACAUCACGGACUUCCGGGUGGAGAUCUAUACGCCGGCGUAUCUCUCUGGCGACAAUGCGAACAGGCGGCCGACGAACGUCAAGCUCUCCACCCUGAGCCUUGUUGCGGGCUCGGAAACGUUUGCCGUCGACUGCGAUGUGCCUGCGGCUGUUCAGACGAUCAAAAUUGCGCCAUACCACGGCGGCUUUGUGACGCACAGCCUGCACAUGUCUCAUCGGAUGUUGUUCCUGGACAUCGAAGGGUUCCAGCCUGGGGCAGAGCAGCAGUCACUGACUGUGAGCAUGCCUCCGAAUAACAACGUUGCUCCACCGGGACCGUACGUUGUCUAUGUGGUUGCGGAUGGAGUGCCGAGCAUUGGGCAGUUUGUCAUGGUUUCUUGA